AUGGAGAUCGAAAAGAAGUAUGAUAUCAUUGAUAUUGUGGGUGAGGGAUCGUUUGGGAGGGUGUACAAGGCCGUCGACAGGGAUACGGUGGCUCUGAAAGAGAUCAAGAAUCCCGAUCCUUCAGAAUAUGUACAGGAAAUCCAUGCUCUUGAUUUCUUGGAGCACCCGACGAUCGUGAGUCUCAAGAAGGUUGUGUACACGGAAGAAACCGUGUACCUUGCUAUGGAGUACAUGGAGGGAAGCCUUCAUGAUCUCAUCCGGCAAAGGUUGUGCUUGGGAGUCCCGUUUUCGGAGGCUGAAGUACGAACACUGAGCUUUCAACUCUUUCAAGGCCUCGACUUUAUGCAUAUCGAGGGCCGCUUCAUGCAUAGGGACUUGAAGCCGGCGAACCUUUUGGUGAACAAGAGAGUCCUCAAGAUAUCUGAUCUCGGUGCUGCUACUCAGAUUGAUUCGAGGGGGCCGUUCAAUCACUAUGUGACUACAAGGUUCUAUCGGGCCCCCGAGAUGCUGAUUCGAAGUUAUGAGAAAGACGAGAGGUGUCGGCCCUUUGUUUAUGAUGAGAAAGUGGAUAUGUGGGCUGCAGGGACCAUCCUAGCAGAGUUGUUUAUGAUGUUUCCACUGUUUAGGGGUGAGAGUUCUGCACAUCAGCUACAGAAGAUAUGUGAAGUUAUUGGGGCUCCGACUAACGAUUCAUGGAUGGGAAGACUGAUGAACGUUCCCAAAUUUGAGCCGGAGAAAGGUUGUGGUCUUCGAGCAUGCAUUCCAAAUGCAAGCCAAUCGGCUCUCGAUCUCAUUGGCUCUCUGUUAUCUUGGGACCCUGCAAAGAGGCCUAGCGCAGAGGAAGCACUUCAGCAUCCUUUCUUCACCAAAGCCAACAAUGUUGAGGCAACAAGGUUAUCAUGCUGUGCAGUUCCAAAGGCAACAGAGUUACCAUACAUGCAGCAGCCAAUAUAUUAG